UCUUUUAUCAGGACAUUGUGACAAAUGUUUCACCCAGAAUCAUCCGGGGGACAACCUCUGGCCCCAUGUAUGGCCCUGGACAGAGCUCCUUUCUGAAUAUUGAGCUCAUCAGUGAAAAAACGGCUGCAUAUUGGUGUCAAAGUGUCACUGAGCUAAAGACUGACUUUCCAGACAAUGUUAGACACCAGUUGACCAGGAACCAGAGGAAACAGCUAAAGAACAUCCUGAAUAGAAAGAUUGUGAUUGCUAGCAUCAUGUGCAGUUACAACAAAAAUGACUGGAUGGAGCUCUCCAAAAUGGCUGAGGCUUCUGGAGCAGAUGCCCUGGAGUUAAAUUUGUCAUGUCCACAUGGGAUGGGAGAAAGAGGAAUGGGCCUGGCUUGUGGCCAGGAUCCAGAGCUGGUACGGAACAUCUGUCGCUGGGUUAGACAAGCUGUUCGGGUUCCUUUUUUUGCCAAGUUGACCCCAAAUGUCACUGAUAUUGUAAGCAUCGCAAGAGCUGCAAAGGAAGGUGGUGCAGAUGGCGUUACAGCCACUAACACAGUUUCAGGUCUGAUGGGCUUGAAAGCAGAUGGCACACCCUGGCCAGCAGUGGGUAUUGGAAAGCAGACUACAUAUGGAGGAGUGUCAGGAACAGCAAUCAGACCUAUCGCUUUGAGAGCUGUAACCUCCAUUGCCCGUGCUUUGCCUGGAUUUCCCAUUUUGGCCACUGGUGGAAUUAACUCAGCUGAAAGUGGACUUCAAUUUCUCCAUGGUGGAGCUUCAGUCCUCCAGGUAUGCAGUGCUAUUCAGAAUCAGGAUUUCACUGUGAUUGAAGACUACUGCACUGGCCUCAAAGCCCUGCUUUAUCUGAAGAGCAUUGAAGAGCUACAAGACUGGGAUGGGCAGAGUCCAGCCACUGUUAGUCACCAGAAAGGGAAGCCGGUUCCACCUAUUGCUGAACUCACUGGAAAGAAACUGCCAAGCUUUGGACCUUUUCUUGAACAGCGCAAGAAAAUCAUAGCAGAGAACAAGAUCAGGCUCAAAGAGCAAAAUGCAACUUUUUCCCCAAUUGAGAGAAACUGUUUCAUUCCCAAAAAGCCUAUUCCUUCUAUCAAGGAUGUAAUUGGAAAAUCACUGCAGUACCUUGGAGCAUUUGGUGAUUUGAGCACCAUGGAGCAAGUUGUGGCUACAAUUGAUGAAGAAAUGUGUAUCAACUGUGGUAAAUGCUACAUGACCUGCAAUGACUCUGGCUACCAGGCUAUCCAGUUUGAUCCAGAAACCCACCUGCCCACCAUUACUGACAUGUGUACAGGCUGUACUCUCUGUCUCAGUGUCUGCCCUAUUAUCGACUGCAUCAAAAUGGUUUCCAGGACAACACCUUAUGAACCAAAGAGAGGCUUACCCUUAGCUGUGAAACCAGUGUGUUAAGGUGAUUUGCAAGACAGUUGCUGUGAACUUUGAUGUCACCUACAUAUGCUGAUCUUUUAAAAUUGUGAUCACUGUGUUCUUUCUGAAUUAAAAAUAUAUAAUUUCUAAAUAUAAAAAAUGUGUAGUGCCAGUGACCAAUUAUUGGUCAUAAAAUGAAAUAAUUCUUUUCUCAGGAUGGCUGUUAAAUUACUGUGUAGCAGUUAAUUGGAUGUUCACCGCCAGUUGUCUAUUGUGAAAAAUUAACUUUUUCAUGGCAAUUAGUGUGACAAUUUCCAAAUUGCUCUAUGCAGUGCUCCAUCUUUAAUUUUUCAUUGUAAGUGAAAUUAAGUAUUUUGGAACAAAGUACACCUUAGCAUACUAGAUAGUGUUUCCAAGGAAACAUUUUAUAAUUAAAAAUUACCUUUAAUUUUUAUACCGUUUCCUAGAAAAUGUAAUUAGCUCCGUAAAAUACAAAUGAAGAAAAAUCAAAUAAUUAUUUAGUAUGGCAGGAAACAAAGGCUUAAAAAGGUUUUGUAGAACUAUAUUAAGGUCCCCUUCACCAAAAUGGCUUCUUUUUGGUACUGGAUGCUAAAAAUGAGAAUAUUUAUGAAGUAAAUACUAUUUACUACUUAUCCCUGAGAUAGCUGUCCAAACUGCUCACCAAUGGACCACACAACAUUCUUCUUUAAAUAUUUAAACCAUAUUCCUAGUGAAAUAAGAUGUUAAGAUGGAGCUCUGGUUAAUGCCAGUCUUCCUGUGCUCUGAUCUGCUCUCUGCUUUUAAUAGUAACCUUCAUGAUUAUAGUAAUUAAUGUUCAAACAAAGCCCAAAUUAUAUAGUGCUGAGUCAUGUACUUCAUUAUUCAAGAAUGAAAACUAUAGUAUUGAUAAAAUACAUUCAAUGUGAAAAACCAGUUUGACUACUUUUCUAUUUUAGUGUUUAUGUUUAAUAUCAAAAGUAAUGGAAUAAAAAUAUAUAUUUUCUGAUAUUGAUAAAUAAUAUUUUCUGUUUCUCUAUUUUCAUAAUCAAUAGCACUAUUAAAUUCAUUUAUCUCAUCAUGGAAUAUUUUCAUAUGAGUCUAGAGGUAGUAAAUCAGAAAGUAAUCCUGUGGCAUAUUUCUAUGACAAAUUCAAGAUCUGGAAAUGCUAUUUACCACAAAAUUGUAUGAUUGAAUGAUAUCAAAUAAAAAACUAUAAAGCAUUUUAAA